ACUCGCCUCUCAGCCAUCAGUCCAACUGUUCAAGUCCCCUCCUCUUCUUUCUUCUCUCCUCUGCUUCCUCCUGAAGCGGAUGACGUCAGCAAUGGCGAUGAGCUUCCUCUCCACCACCGCCGCCUCCUCCUCCCAGCCACCCCUACCCGCCCGCCGCCUCCCUCGCCGCAAUCCCUCCCUCCCCUUCCCUCUCAGACCACCACACCGCCUCUCUCCCUUCUCCGCUCCCCCUCCCGAGCCCCAUCGCCUCACCUACCGAACCCACUCCACCUCCUCCUCUUCCAGGACACCCACCGCCGCCGGCCUCCUCUCUCCGGUCAUCUCCACCUCGAGAACCCUCAUCUUCCUCCUUGUCGCCUCCCUCCUCUCCCUCUCCGGCGUCCGCCCCCUCCCUUCCCUCGCAUCCCCUCCCCCACCUACCCAACAACCGCAAGAAACGGAAGAGCAAGAACAGCAGCAAGAAUCCGAGGAGAAGCAGCAGCAGCAGCAGGAGGAGGAGGGCGUGGAGGCGGAGGUCGAGGAGGCGUGGCUGCGGCAAGACGAGGAGGAAGAAGUAGAAGAGAAAGAAGAGGAGGAGGAGGAGGCCGAUGACGAGGUGCAGAUGUACAUGGAGAUCCUGAGCCGCGAUCCGGGCGACGUGGACGCGCUCAAGUGCGCGCUGUUCGCCAAGAUGAGGCGCGCGGAGUGGGGCGGCGCGCUGGGGUUCGCGCGGCGGCUGCGGGAGGCGGAGCCCGGCGAGGUGGAGUGGCGGCUCAUGGAGGCGCUGCUGCACGAGCUCAAAGGCGACCUCGCCGAGGCCGAGCGCCUCUUCAACGAGGUCCUCGCCGAGAAGCCACUCCUCGUCAGGGCACUCCAUGGACUUGCUCUGUGUAUGCAUAAAAGAUCAGAAGGACCUACUGUUUUUGAGAUGCUGGAGAAAGCUUUGCAACUUGCAAUUUCUGGGGAAAGGGUUCCAGAAGAGCGCAACAUUAAGCUUUUGAUUGCUCAGAUGCAUGUUGUCAAGGGCCAGUUGGAUGUUGCAUCAGAGAAACUGCAAAAUCUUAUCAAUGAGGAUCCUCGAGAUUUCCGACCUCAUCUUUGCCAGGGCAUCGUUUACGCACUUUUAGACAAAAAGGAAGAAGCAGAUGAGCUGUUUGAUACAUAUAGAAGUCUUGUUCCAGAUGAAUUUCCAGACAAGAGUUUUAUUAGUGAUGUUAUACAAGCAGCCAGAGUGGAGUCCAAGGACCGGCUACAAAAGGAUUUUGGAUCUGAAUUUUUAUCUAAGAAGUGACUAAUCAGGAUUUUUCUACACCUGAACGGCUAAUAGUUUUUGUAGUGGUAGGUAGCUGCAUAUUGAUGUGCACACAAGUGCAAAAAUGUUACAAGUGAAUUGAAAUAAAUAGUGAGAAAUGGAAGGAGAUGUGUAUCUCCUACCACCAAUUUUCUCCUAACAUUGAAAUAAAAUAGAGAUAAAUGGAGAUGUGUUUCUCCCAUUACCAAUAUCUUUGCUGGUACAGAAAGAGGACUUGCAAUUUA